CCCUUCCCUGCCCCACCGCCGCCGCCUCCUUUGGGGCGGGGCCCGGGCCCGCCUGUAAGGCGUGUGCGGCGGAGAAAGUAACAUGGUGGCCUCUUCCUCCCGAAAGACAGGCGGUGGCGCGUCCGGCGGCUCCUGAGGAGGAGGCGGGAGCGGGGACAAAUUCCGGGCCGAGAGCGCCGCGACAAGGAGACGGACGCGGAAAGCGUGGUGGUUCCUGCCGGCAGGAAAGCCGGCAGCAGGAAGUACUGACAUAACCAUGAUAGAAGACAAAUGUCCACGAGUGGCUGACUAUUUUGUAGUGGCAGGGCUCACUGACACAGAUACUGCAACCCUCCUGGACCAAGAAAUAAGCCGACAUGAAACAAAGUCAACUGGUCCAAAAGCUCCAAUUACUGACAUUGCUGUGAUAAUUAAAUCAGCUGGUGAAACUGUCCCAGAGGGAUACACCUGUGUUGAAGCCACCCCUACAGCCCUUCAAGCCAACUUAAACUAUGGAAGUCUAAAGAGUCCUGAACUUUUUCUUUGCUACAAGAGAGGCCGGGACAAACCACCUCUUACUGACAUUGGAGUUCUAUAUGAAGGGAAGGAACGCAUCAUUUCAGACUGUGAGGUGAUUCAAGCUACUCCUUAUGGUCGUUGUGCUAAUGUUAACAACAGUUCAGCUUCUUCUCAACGGAUCUUUAUCACAUAUCGAAGGGCUCCUGCAAUACGGCCUCAGAAUUCAUUGGCAGUGACAGAUAUCUGUGUUAUUGUUAGCAGCAAAGGAGAAACCCCUCCUCAUACAUUCUGCAAAGUUGAUAAGAAUUUAAAUUGUGGUAUGUGGGGUUCCAGUGUGUACCUUUGUUACAAGAAAUCUGUGCCAGUUUCUAACUCUUUGGCAUAUAAAGCUGGUUUAAUUUUCAGAUAUCCUCAAGAGAACUAUGAGUCAUUCCCACUGUCAGAAUCUGUACCUCUCUUCUGCCUUCCUAUGGGAGCUACUAUUGAGUGCUGGGACUCUCAAACCAAAUAUCCGCUACCUGUAUUCUCAACAUUUGUACUGACCUGUUCUUCUGCAGAAAAGGUUUAUGGUGCUGCUAUUCAGUUUUAUGAGCCUUAUCCCCGCGAGCUGUUAACAGAAAAACAACAAUUGCAGCUGGGUCUCCUGACAGCUGUGGAGAGGAAAGUGGUUACUUCCAAGUCCAUCAAUUCCAACAAAUGCAUCUGCCUUCUUUCACACUGGCCUUUCUUCGAAGCCUUUCGAAAGUUUCUCAUGUUCAUCUACAAACUCUCUGUCUCUGGACCUCAUCCUCUUCCCAUUGAAAAGCACAUAUCCCAUUUUAUGCACAAUAUACCUUUCCCUUCACCACAAAGGCCAAGAAUCCUUGUGCAGCUCUCUGCCCAUGAUGCAUUGAUACUGUCUCAGCCAGUUUCUACACCAUUGCCAUUAAGUGGAGCAAACUUUAGCACUCUGCUCAUGAAACUAGGACCAGAAAACUGUGCCACUCUAUUGCUCUUUGUAUUGCUAGAAGGCAAGAUCCUCCUCCAUUCUCUUAGACCAGCUGUGCUGACAGGAGUUGCUGAAGCUGUAGUGGCUAUGAUAUUUCCAUUUCAGUGGCAAUGUCCAUAUAUUCCCCUUUGUCCUUUGUCUCUGGCCACCGUACUCAGUGCACCUGUUCCAUUUAUUGUUGGAGUUGAUUCACGAUACUUUGAUCUGUAUGAUCCACCACAGGAUAUUGUGUGUAUUGACUUAGACACAAACAUGGUGUACAUAUCAGAUGAUAAGAAGAGCACCACCUGGAAACAGUUUCCUAAGAAGCCGUGUAAAAGUCUGCUCAGCACCUUAAAGAAGCUGCACCCACAGCUGGCAGCAGUUCACAGGAAGACUCAAGAAGGCUCGGCAGUGGAGAUGACUCCUAUUGAGGCAGAUUUCUCCUGGCAGAAAAAGAUGACAGAACUUGAGAUGGAGAUCCAGGAAGCUUUUCUCCGUUUCAUGGCAUCCAUUUUAAAGGGUUACAGAACAUUCCUCAAGCCAAUCACACAGGCACCUUCAAAUAAGGCAACUGCUGCUGAUUCCUUAUUUGAUCAUCAAGGAUUUUUAAAAAGCAGAGACCGUGCCUAUACAAAGUUCUACACACACCUCACCAAAACACAGAUUUUCAGCCGCUUUAUCGAAGAGUGCAGUUUUGUGAGUGACAAGGACACUGGCUUGGCAUUUUUUGAUGACUGCAUAGAAAAGAUUGAUGUAGAUUCUGUUGAAGAAGCACGAUUGAUUGAACUUGAUGAGUCACAAAAAAGUGAACACACAGUGUUCGUAAUGCCACCAGAACCUCCUGCUGAUGAUGCUCAGGACCAAGUGCCAAAAUACAGCUAUAAAAACUUCCCACGUCUUGACUUGAAGCUCUUUGACAGGCCAGAGGAGCUCAAGCUCUCCUUCAGCAGACAUCCAGCUGGAAGCAGUAUUUCAAAUAGUCCAGCACUCAUGGCAAAGAGGACAAAACAGGAGAUAAAAACUGCCCAUAAAUUAGCCAAAAAGUAUUACAUGAGCCCCCCACAGUGGGCUAAGUGUCUCUUCAGUCAUAGUUACAGCCUAUGGUUUAUUUGUCUACCUGCCUACAUCAGAGUUGCGCAUCCCAAGGUCAAAGCACUGCAGCAGGCGUACAAUGUUUUAAUUAAAAUGAGGAAAACUGAUGUGGAACCACUAGAUGAGGUCUGCUACAGAGUUGUUAUGCAGCUCUGUGGCCUGUGGGGUCAGCCUGUUCAGGCUGUGAGAGUCCUCUUUGAAAUGAAAAAUGCUGGAAUACAGCCAAAUGCCAUCACCUAUGGUUAUUACAAUAAGGCAGUUUUAGAGUCCCCUUGGCCUAGUAGUAACCGCAGUGGCAUAUUCCUGUGGACAAAGGUACGAAACAUAGUUCGUGGCACAGCACAAUUUAGACAGUGCUUAAAGAAGUCAGCGCAGAGCCCACAAGUACCUGUGAUACCAGCUCUGCGGAGUACCACAGGUGGAAGUGAUGGGGACAUGGUGAGCCAUGGUAGCGUGGAUAGUUCUAAUGAUGCUAACAGUGGGGAGCACACUCUCUUCGUCAGUGACUUAGUCAGGCUUGAUUCUGUUGAUAGUCACUCUAGCACAGGUACUAGUUUAUGCUGGUCAGACCAGGGCUGUGCCUUGAAGGAUGAAUUUUUGAGAGAUUGUGGGGAUAAUCUUCACACAACUGAAACACAGAUAGAAAAAGAUACUUCUUCUAAAAAUGAAGACCUGAUAGGAGAAGUUUGUACUGAGAAAUCUAUUGAAAAGCAGCAGCUGAGUAUAGAAACUCACAGUGCAACAGACCCACCUCCUUGGGGUAACAGUAUUGUGAAAGUUCCAUCUGGAAUUUUUGAUAUCAGUGGAAGGAAGAGCAGCAGUGAAACAGGAUCUAGCCCACUGUUCGUAACUCAAGAUUCAGCUGAAGAUGUAGUCUUUGGUGAUUUUUCUCCUAAGAAGACAAGUGAAAAAGGACAGAAGAGACAGAAACUGUUUUCAGAGAGAAGCUGCAGCUUCAGCAGUGAAAGCAGAGCAGGAAUGCUGUUGAAAAAAGGCAGCCUGGAGUUGCAUUCUAAAGAAAUAGCAAUAAUGAUGGGAGCAGAUGCUAAGAUCCUAACAGCAGCUUUAUGUGGGGCCAAAACUCCGCCCUGUCACAUGAAUAAAUCCCACAGCUUCAAAAGCAUUGUUGACCAGCAGCUUUCUGGCACAAGUGGUGCUUGGAGUUGUGUGGCUGAGAGUGAUGGCGAAUUGGAGCAUACAUCUUCACCUGUGCUGGAAGAACAUGGGGAAGGGCAGGAGCAUCGUGAGAAUGGAAGAGAUGAAAACAUGAUGACGAUGGAAGGUGUGAGUCUUGGUCAGUCAUCUGAGUCCAAAAACCAGAAACCAGAAUUGAAAGAUUCAACUACUAAAAGGAACAGCUUUUUUGGAGUGGCUAAGCCUAUUGAAAGAGAAGAUGUUGAAGUAGGCUUGGACCCUUUAUCUUUGCUGGCUACUGACAGCACACAGCCAAGGCAUCCAGAACCUGAGGAAAAGUUGAUGUCACCAGUUGCAGCACGUAAUUUGGCAGAUGAAAUAGAGAGCUAUAUGAAUCUGAAGAACCCACUGGGUGCUAAGUUUCCCAGCAUGGAACUUCACAAGCCAGAGGAGGAAGCAGAAGCCUCUGGUACACUUGGUCGCUCCCAAGAAAGGAGGUCCAGCCUACCUUUAGCUUCUGUCCUGCCAUCUCCCAAGUCUGCUGAAAAUCGGAGAAGUCCUACUGUCUCCAGAUCUAAAACUUUCACUGGACGACCCAAGCAACAAAUCCAUCCACGAGUUCAGAAGGAGCGGUCUUCGUCUUUGACAGGACUGGGCCGUUCUUCUCCACAUGGCUCAUUAGGAUCUGUUGUAACAACUUUAUCCAAUCUGAAAUUAGACAAUAUACUGUCUGGACCAAAAAUGGAUGUUCUGAAAUCAGGCAUGAAGCAGGCUGCCAAUGUGGCCAGUAAGAUGUGGGGAGUUGUAACUUCAGCAUAUAAUUACUCAGAUGAUGAGGAAGAAGGCAAUCAACCGGACUUUAACUUCCCUGCUGGUUUUGAAGAUAAUAUUUUAGGAGAUAAUCUAUCAUCAAGAACUGGAGUCUCAGGCCUCAUUACAAAUGAGCUUACAGAAAGCACUACUAGUCUGGUCAGCAGUAGUAGCAGUGGAGAUGCAGGAAGACAGCCCUGUGGUGCAGGUGAACUUUCAUUCCCAAGAAGUAUGAAAGUUCUAGAUUCUGAGAAGUCAGAGCACAGUUCUUCACAUCAUACUAGCCUAUCCAGCAUUUUCCAGAACUAUGCAAUGGAGGUAUUGAUGUCAAGCUGCUCCCAAUGUAGAGUUUGUGGCGCCUUAGUUUAUGAUGAAGAAAUUAUGGCUGGUUGGACAGCAGAUGAUUCCAACUUGAACACAACCUGCCCAUUCUGUAAAAGUACCUUCCUACCUUUGCUUAAUGUUGAAUUUAAAGACCUGCGUGGCUCUGCAAGCUUUUUCCUGAAGCAAAGUACCUCAGGUGAUAGUUUACAGAGUGGUACCCUUCCACUAAACACGGAUCCUGUGGAGCAAAAACUCUUGUCUAGUCCAGCUGUUGCUGACUUGAUGGGUUUUUCAGAUGACCCACUGUCCAGCCACACAAUAGCUGAGGAAACCAGCUCUGCAGCUGAGCAAAGUGAUAUGGCAGAAGAACAGAGUAAAGAUCCCAGAACCAUGGAGACGUCUGCCACCAAUCCAACAAAGCGGGGAGUGUCCUUGACUCGGAGCCAUAGUGUCGGGGGUCCACUGCAAAACAUUGAUCUUUCCCAGAGACCUUCUCAUGGCAUUUCAACAGUUAGUCUUCCAAACAGCUUGCAAGAAGUUGUGGAUCCUUUAAUAAAAAGACCUAACCCUCUCGCUGUAUCUGUACCCUACCUGAGCCCUUUGGUACUGCGUAAGGAGCUUGAAUCACUUUUGGAAAAUGAGGGCGAGCAAGUAAUUCAUACAUCCAAAUUCAUUAACCAGCACCCCAUAAUUUUCUGGAACCUAGUUUGGUAUUUCCAACGGCUGGACCUACCUAGCAACUUACCUGGCCUCAUUCUAACUUCUGAACACUGUAACGGUGGAGUGCAGCUUCCUUUAACAUCUCUUGCUCAAGAUAGCAAGUUAGUAUACAUUCAGCUUCUAUGGGACAACAUCAACCUCCACCAAGAGCCUGGGGAGCCCCUGUAUAUGUCUUGGAGAAAUCUCAAUGCUUCUGAAAAGAGACCCUCCACAAUGACAGAAGAUCAGCAGGCCACAAACACACUGCUGGAAAAGAUCAAACUAAGUAUUCAACACAAUGAUGUCGUUAAACCGAUUAACCUCCUUUUGCAGAAAGUGAAGCCAGAUGUGAAACGGCAGAGGAGUUUUUACAGAGAAAUUCUUUUCCUGUCUCUGGUGUCUCUUGGAAGAGAGAACAUUGACAUUGAGGUCUUUGAUAGCGAAUACAGACUUGCACAUAAAAAUCUACCAAAGGAUGUUCUUGAAAAGAUGCAGAAAAUAGAUGCUCCACCAAGCAGCAGGGUCGAAUAUUGUAGGAAGUGUUUUGGAGCACCUUUAAUAUAAAACUGAGGAAGACAUACACUAAACUUCAGGGAGAAAAAAGUGGAAGUGAACAAACCGGGAGUGUGGCGAUAUAUACACCUUGAAUCCCAAAAGGCAGUAAUUGAGCAAUUUGUCAAAGCAAUUUCCUUGGACUGCAACACACAUUCUUGCCUUUCAUCUCAUGACACACAGUGUAAAGUAUUUUAAAACGUUUUAAAACUAUUAAUAGCAUGAGUUGGCUUCAGUGAUUGAUGAGGGUUUUUCUCCUUUUCCAUUCUUAAAUCGUUCCUCCACAAUGUCAAGUUAUUCAAAAAAAGUGAUGAUUAGACAGCAGCCUCUAUACUUGGCGAUUUUCUUAAGGGCCACCCAUGUUUGUGUGUUUUAACAAAACACCUCCCCUACUGCAGGAUAUUUAGAUUCUUCACUACUUCCUUAAAAUUGCCUUUCUUCUAAAGAGGAGUCUGUUUAUUUGUGUGCAGCAUGUGUGUGUGGAUGUAAAUAUUUGAGUCCUUGGAUUGGAAAUUUAAAGGUAGUUGCUUUUAUCAGAUUAUAAUACCUAAAAUUGCUGCCCUUCUCUAGACCCUUGUCCCAGUCAGUACUCUAAAUUAUCUUUGGUUGAACUUUCCGUAAUGAAUGUAUAUUUAUAGAUGUGAAACCUAGAAACUUCCUCUGUUUUCCUGCACUCUCUGAAAAGUUAGAAAUUUAUGAACGUGCUGCGACUUUAUCCGGAAGAACAAUAAGCUUCUGCAUGAAGCAGGUCAGAACUAGAUGGCUUCCUGAAAAUUUGUAUGUGAAGCUUAAACUAGUUUGCCUGUAAGGUUUGUCAAACAGAUGCUGUCUGGAAAAAACACGCUUUAUACUGUAUGCAUGCACGCCUGCAUGCAUGCUUUACAAGUGUCUUUUCCUUGAGUUCUUUAUUGUCCUCUCCCAUGGUUUCACGUUGGCCUGUGGGUAAACUAUUUUGCACUGAUAGUCCAUAUUCAAUAUUUCAAUUAAAACGUGUUUAUAAAUGUGGUCUUCAAGGCGUAGAUUAGCACAAAUGAAGUGUCUGAUCUGCAAAGAUUAAUCCAUCUUUUUCAUUGUUUCUGGUAGGCAAGACACUUCUUUCACCUCAUGUAUGUAACUGGCCACAGUAGUCCUAGUCCUGGCAAGAAGAGCCUGGAUACUGGUCAACAAUUUAAAUGUUUCUGUUACUUGAGGAGUAUGAUAAGAUUUAUUCCGUGUUUUUCCUGAAAUUUAAUGGUGUGGCUUUCCUGGUAUUAUUCCUAGAGAAAGCAGGUGUCAGAUUUGUAGCAUGUAUAUUUACUAUGUACUACUCUCUUUCUUAAAAUUUUCAUUCUUGAAAAUGAUGAGGGAUAAAGAUCUGUCUGAAACAGCUUCCACAUGAAACAGCAAAAUCAACUUUUGUUUUUUCAUGAGGCUAAAACAAGGAUUAUUUGUACUAUUUGGGACAAACUACAUUUGCAACAUAGACUGAUUUGUGGUAUUUUGUACCAAAAGUGCUGAUCCUAAGUUAAUAUGGGGAUAUUGCCUGGACAGAUUCUCUCCUGAUGAAAAUACUGUGCUUGCUCAAGAUUCAGAUGCAAGGAAAUAUACACUGACCUUUUUUUCCCUCCCUAUUCUUUGUUCUUUGAGUUUAUGCAUGGUUGCUUGUAGAUACCUGAGCUACAUCACAAUGGAAGAGUAGAGCUUGAUUCUCCAUGUUUUCCUCCUUUCUCCUAUUAAUAAUUGACAUAUGCAGUUUCAUCCUUUUAAAACCAAAGUCUCUUGGAAGUGUUUGUCCAAACAACACUAUUACUCAUCAAAACAAUAACUUUUCCUGGUCAAUUUUAUAUUGAUCCUGAGCAUACAGCUAUACAAAGAUGAUUUUUGAGUGUUGAAUGGACAGACUGUAUGGUUAUGUGAUGCAAGUUGAAUGGAAUCAAGUUUUAGUUACCUUCAAAUUCUCCCAACUCAAGAAAUUGCAAAAAAAAGUCUGUCCAGUCGGUGCUGAAUUAGAUAAUUGGUGACGUCCAAGUUGCUUUACACAAUUGUAAAUAACACUGUUACACAGUAACUUCUGUAAGCAGGUCACCUUCCUGUCAGAACCAUCUUCACAUCCGUUGCUGAAAGAUAAUCAGGAGGUAAUGUUGUGGAAACAGCAAAGCAGAUUGUGUCACAGCAUCUAGUGAUGAAAACUGGGGAGACUUUCCCCAGGUGCAUACACAAAACAACCAAAAAAAACCAAAACCCAAACCUAAAUCCUGAGGGGAAAGUGGCAGCUGCAGGACUGAACUUGCUUCGAUUUGCUCCUGCGUAUUGGCGUGCCUGUACACUAUAAAUUAGCUUUUUAUUCCUGUUGUAUGUACCUGGAUUUCAGAGUGGUAGAAGCCCUGCAUAUGUUUGCUUGAAAUCUUGAAUGUGCUUAUGGAAAUUAUUUAAGGUAGAAUAAUAAAAGUAAGGACUUACUCUUUUGAAUUAAAUUAUUUUCAUGCCUAAUUUUCAGUAGUUAAAUGGCUGUUUCUUGAAUGAAAUUCAUAGUUCAGAUGAGAAGGGAGAUCUCUGAAAACAAUUUUUUAAUUAGAUUUUUAUCUAAGGAGAUGCUCUUUGGGGGUCAUCAGGUUCACAAAAAUUUGGAAGUAAUUAAUGACUUGGUUUUUUCCUAGUGAUUUCUCUCCUUUUAAAUGCUUGAUGGCACUUCCUGUUCUUUGACUUUCUAGAUGUUCCCUUACAAACAGGUAGAGACUGCAGGUUUUCCUUCACAAACCUUCUUAGACACAGGCUUCCUUAAUUUGAAUGCUGAAAGAACUGUGAGCCUGCAGAAGAAAAGGGUGCUGCAUAAAGGAGCUUGGCAUGGCAUAGUGCUUGGGUGGUUGAAAAUUUGGACAAAAAUAAUCAGGGAAAAGUCUUCAAAAUUGUAUACAGGUGUAUUACAAACACUUUAGCCUUUAUGGAAGUUGAGUACUGAAGACAUAACAAGUUCUUCUUUGCAAGUUAGUAACAGGAUGAACUUCUUGGGCUGCAGAGGAAUGACUUUGUUAUCUACAAGUGCUGCUAAUUUGUUUGACGCUCCACUCCUAGGAAUCUAAAUUCAUCUGGAUCUGUAAUGCAUGAAUGAGCUGGACAAACUGAUAUAAGGGAGAGGUGUAGAUAAGCUUAGUCUUGCUUAUUUUCCUCUUAUUGUAAGGGAAAAUUGCAGCAUUUUGCCCACUUGAAAAGCCUUUCCUUCCAAAUACUCCAUUAGCCCAGCAGCCAGUGUUUAGGAGAGUUUGCUCUUCUGUGUGCAUUUUGGAAUUCUAACAUAGAAACCUGAAGAAAAUUAUCAUUACUAACUCCAAAACCUGCAAUGUGUGUGCAAAAUCAGACUGUAAACAAGCUAAUUACGUAUGUGGAUGCAAAUGGUUAAUGAAUUUCAGGUAUGCCCAAGAACUUUGAAAGUUUGUGUUGGAGUAACAGGUAUCACAGAGAAGCUUCCUUGACUUGUUGCCCUAAGGAUGUUGAACUGCAGACAAGUUAUGCUGAAAAGAUGCUGUAUAUAUAUUGCACCUUCCACCCAGCUGUAAAACAGUUACCUAUAUCAAAAUAGCUAUAUUUUUUAGAAUUAAAACAAACAACAAACGGGGUCUUAAAUGUUAUAAAUCAGGAUUCUUAAGUUUCUUUAUCAAUUAUAAAUAUAUUCUGGCACAUUACUAGAACAUAACAACUUUUAGAACCCCAUAAGUACUAGAGGGUGAUGUGGCUACAGUACUGGCACAUUUUACUGGAGGGGUCCAUAUGUUUCUUACAGUGAUAGCCUGUCUGGGGGUAUUACGUGACUCAAGUUUAGACAAUAAAAUUUUAAUGGGAAAUAUUUUGUUUAGAGCAGGUAUUCCAAAGUAAAUCCGUCUUGUUCAGCAUGUGACUCAAGUCAUGUUCCUAGUGGAAUUUCACAUUGGUUAAGUUCAAGCUACGUUGCACUUGCAAAUGAGUAAUUUUGUUCUAUUUUAACUGUGAAUUAAUGGCUUUUCUUAUUGCUGCAGGUAGAGUAUGUCUUUCGUUGAGUUUACUGCUUUCCUUGAAUAAAUUGCAACAUAGGGGAUAUUUUCAAAAUAUAUAUUAAAUUAGAUCACAGAAAUUAUGUUUGUAAAACAAAUUGUUAAAAUCUGCAGAACUGAAGAAUCCAGUCAGUUUUGGAUUUGGGUGGGUUUUUGUUUGUUUUGGGGUUUUUUUUGUUUGUUUUGUUUUGUUUGUUCUGUUUUGUUUUUUUCAUUUAAAAACUCUUAAUUCAACACUUAUUUCAAUGCAGGUAACUUUAUUUCAUUAAAUGGUGGUAAGUAGGUUGUCUGAUUCACUUAAGUGUACGUGUCCAAAAAAAAGUUGUUGUUUUUUUUCUUCUCCUGGCUAAUAAGAACCUUAAGGUGCCUUCUGUAUAUCAGCUUUUCAUUAUGGACCUUUUCAAGAAACAAACACCCUUUCUGCUUCUAAGUCUUGAAACUGAAUGGUUAAAUUGGACUUUAGUUCUGUAUUCUACUGUGCAGUGUAUCAUGAUGCAUAGCAGGAGGGAGAUGGAUGGGGGUUUUAUGCUUUCUGUCUGCAUCAGUCAGUGGUGCAAAUAAAAGGGAUUGUUUGUUGUUUUUUUAGAAGCACAUUAAACUCCUUUUAGGAGCUUUAAAUAAACUAUUGUAUUGAGGAUUAAAGGAUGUAGUGUGAAUAAAUUAUGAAUUUAUUAAGUGUGCUGGGAAAUUUUCUUUAAUGCAGUAAAAUUUGCACUGGUUUAGAGACUGUUUUGAACUGUUGAAAGUGGCAUCCAUUUCCUGUGCAAACUUUGAUUAACAGAUGUUUCUCUAUAAUGUUUUUGUACAUUUGACAAAGUCUCUUGAGUUUAAAAGGGCACUCUGCAUAUUCUGAAUGCUGUAUAGAUAUCCUACACUAAGAAACAAUUUUAAUGUAUUUCCCGAAAUAAAAUAUGUAUGCAUCCUGUGUAAAAAAAA